GCCUGUCAGGCUUGAAACACAACAAGAGAUGUGGCAAGUUGGGAGCAAAGUUUUGCAAAAGAAGCCGCGAAGGAGCUGAAGACGAGAGUUUAGAGGUAACGAGAAUUUCCUGGGAGUGAGGUGUCGGGAGUCAGCGGAAGCGACAUUGGACCCCGUCUAUGCGAUUAACCCCGACGGCAAGCAGCAAUGGAUGAGCUGAAAGUGGUCGCUGGGAGUUUUGCUGUUUUCCAGUUUUUGUUUACUGUGGCCAGUCCUUACGUCUCACUCAUCCUCUCCCAGGGAUAUCAGCAUCUCCACCCUGUUAAGAAAACUGAAUGGAAUUCCAGGCUGGUGUCCACAGUACAUGCUCUAAUUGUGGGAACUCUCUGCCUUUACAUCUUGUGGUUUGAUGAAGCUGUGAAUAAAGAUCCAGUUUGGGGUGACCCCAGACUUGUGAAGCUCAAUGUUGCCAUAACCUGUGGCUACCUUUUAUAUGAUCUUCUGCUGUUGGCGAUGCACUGGAAAACAAUGGGAGAUGGCUUCUUUGUCUGUCACCACUUAGCAGCGCUAUAUGCCUAUGGAUAUGUGCUGGGACGAGGCGUUUUGCCUUAUUUUGCUAAUUUUCGCCUCAUAUCAGAGCUGUCAACACCAUUUGUAAAUCAGAGAUGGUUCUUUGAUGUCCUCUCCUACCCUCGAUCAGGACUCCAGGUGGUACUCAACGGUGUUGCAAUGGCUGUGGUGUUCUUUGCGGUGCGGAUUGCUGUCAUGCCCACCUAUUACAUUCGUGUGUGGUCUACAGUGGGCACGCCUGCCUUUGAAAGGUUGGGCCCUGGACCUCAGGUGGCCUGGAUCUUGUCGAGUGUGAGUCUUGAUGUCCUGAACAUUAUUUGGAUGUACCGCAUAACCCGUGGCUGCUAUCGUGUGCUGACUGGCAGCAAGUCGACGAGGACAAAGAGGCAGACAUCUGAUCUUGAAAACCAUAAGGACUGAGCAGUACAUUUAGGAACUUUGCCAGCAUAGUAUCAGUUGGGCAAUACUGUUUGAAGUACUGCCUCCGGCCGUAGUGUCUCCAGGAUUAAAUAAAUCAGCAUAGCUGAUUGAACAUGUGGGGUAAAGGGCAAGGGCAACAUCAUGAGAAGACAUGGGGAACACCCUCUCUGCACCCACUAUUGGGAUUCAGUGUCAGAAAUUUGGUUAAUGUGUGCACCUUAGUCUUUUGCCCUCUGUUACUGUAAAGCUUUGAAACCAUACCACGUCAAAAAAAAUGGUGGGUCCUACGUGAUCGUAGUGAAGCUGACUUUAACCACUGUUUACCUCGUUAGGAUUCCAAAACCUAGUACCUUAGCAAGGUGUACUGAGAAUUCCUACCUCACAAAAGCACUGAGACUUCAUUUCACUCUGUUAUGCUGCUCAGUAUUUUUAAUAAUAUUACUAAUAAUAAUACAUUUUAUUUAUAUAGCACCUUUCCCAUGCUUACAGAAAUCACAACAGGAUUUUUGGGGAAUCUGCUACACUUAAAGUGUGUUAGUCAUAUAGAAAGGAUAAGAAAUAAUUUAAUAAAAUGAGAUAACAAAAAGGCAACUAAGUGCUUCUAGACCUUCACGUCUAUUCAGCUGGGGAGUUUGCCUCCCAGUGAGUUUCUGUAAGGAAUGAAUGGGGGUGAGAGAAGGAUUUGUGAAAGGGUCAGGGUCUAUCAAGCUCAACAGAAGAAAAGAAACAUGUUCACUCUACACUAACCAUGUUCCUCUGCAGCAUCACUUGUCCUUGAGCCCAAAUUUGAGUUGCUUAUACUGCCAUGACUGACUCUACAACAGCAAUCAUUCUUUUAUUAUGCCAGUUUGUAACAUCAGGUUAAAGAGUUUUGGCUGGGGCUUGGGAUUAAAGGUGGGUUGGGAAAAAAUAGAAAUGGGAAUGGCUAUACAGUGUAUACAGUACAGAGCCCGAUUACAGGCCUGUCUCUACUGCGGUCAUUCCCUUCUCCAUAGUGACUCACGUUAGGCAAUUGUCAAUAUCACCAUGUGUCAGUCCUUCACACCACCACCAGGAGGAAGCCAUGUCUAUUUUUCAGUCAGUCUUUGUUACGGCACAGUUUAUAUAGUAAACCACAAUACCGCCAACAAGGAUACAUUUCCCUGAAAUCACUAUGAAUGUAGAGAAAAGCCAAGCAAAAUGACACCUUUU